UUAUGGCUGUAUAGUUAUUUUCUUUUAUUGUAUUAUUAUUAAGUUGAAUGGGGUUGCUGAUCGGGCUGGAAAGAAUGGUGAACGGCAGUGGCUGGGCGAUGGCCGCUGUGCUUCGCCGGAAAAGCUGGCAGACGAUGUUGAUAAGCUUUGUCUGUUGCUCCUUGCGACGGAGAUCCGUUGGCGGAAGCUAGAAUCCAGCGUUGACGGCCAGUGUAGGCUGGAGAAGCCCUCUCAUGGCCUCAACAUUGAAAAUCCUUGUAUUGCUACUCCUAUUUUCGGCUACAACGUUUUCACAUACAGUGGUUGACACUUUACCUGGUUUCCCAGGAAAACUUCCAUUCAAACUCCAAACUGGGUACAUAGGUGUGGGACAAUUUCAAGAAGUUCAACUGUUUUACUACUUCAUUGAGUCUGAGAAAAGCCCAGAAAGUGAUCCACUUUUGCUAUGGCUCAGUGGUGGUCCAGGCUGCUCUUCUCUUGCUGGCCUCCUCUAUGAGAUUGGUCCUUUCACCAUUAAUUAUGCUAAUUCCACUGGGGACAUCCCCGCUUUGGAGAUGAACCAGUAUGCAUGGACCAAGGUGGCCAACAUUAUAUUCUUGGAUCAACCUGCUGGGACAGGAUUCUCCUAUGCUAAAACACCCGAAGCUUACAUGUCUAAUGAUACUAUAUCUGCACAGCUUGCUUAUGAUUUCCUCAUACAGUGGCUCCUGGACCACCCGAAUUUCCUUAGCAAUCCGCUGUACAUUGCUGGAGAUUCCUAUAUGGGAAUUAUUGUUCCACAGAUUGUUCGCAAAAUAUAUGAUGGUUUAGAAUCUGGAAUUGAGCCGCGUCUAAAUAUCAAAGGCUAUGUGGAAGGCAAUCCAGUGACUCACAAGUAUGCAGACCCCAAUGGUGUUAUUGAAUAUGCUUAUCGAAUGGGGCUUUUAUCAGACAAUCUAUACAAGUCCACAAAAGUAAGUUGCAAUGGAGAUUACAUAGGUGAACAUCCACAAAAUGCAGCAUGUCAGUUUGAUCUUCAAAGAGUAUUAAAGUGUACUGGAAAGAUUAACGAGGCGCAAAUUUUAGAACCAAAGUGUAGCAAUGAAAAUUUACUGAGUCUAGAUGUGUGCUCUGUUGGUGAAAAUCAAAAUCCUACUAGUCUCCUUAUACCACAACACUGGUGCAGAGAUGAUAAUUAUUUGUACUCCUACACUUGGGCAAAUAACAAAAUUGUCCAGGAAGCACUUCAUGUUCAUGAGGACACAGUGACAGAGUGGGUCAGAUGCAAUAAAAGCAUGAAGUAUGAUUUUGGUAUGGAGAGAGCUGAAGCAUAUGUUUUUAAUGUUAAAAGCACAGUUGAUUAUCAUCGGAGUUUCAUCAACGAAUCUUGUCGAGUUCUAAUCUACAGUGGGGAUCAUGACAUGAUUAUUCCUCAUGUGAGCACGGAAGAAUGGAUAGAAUCCUUAAAAGUUUUGGUUGAAGACGAGUGGAGACCUUGGUUUGUUGAAGAUCAAGUUGCAGGAUACACUAUGAAAUAUUCACAGGAGGACUAUGAGUUGACAUAUGCAACUGUAAAGGGAGCAGGUCAUACAGCACCAGAAUAUAAGCCACAACAAUGUCAGUCAAUGAUUCAGAGAUGGCUUAGCAAUAAUCGUCUUUGAUUAUUAUGUAAUAUUGAAUGCAUUUUCAAUUCAAUGAAUAAAAUUGCUAU